AUGGCGACCAGCACAAAGAAUGCUCCCAACCAAGUGAUCUUCAAGAAGGUGUCCCGGGACAAGUCGGUGACCAUCUACCUGGGCAAAAGGGACUACGUGGACCACGUGGAGCAGGUGGAGCCCGUGGAUGGCGUGGUGCUGGUGGACCCCGAGCUGGUGAAGGACAAGAAAGUCUAUGUUUCCCUGACCUGCGCCUUCCGCUACGGCCAGGAAGACAUCGACGUGAUCGGGCUGACCUUCCGCAGGGACCUGUACUUCUCCAGGGUGCAGGUGUACCCCCCGGCGGGCACAGCGCCCGCCCCCACCCACCUGCAGGAGAGCCUCCUGAAGAAGCUGGGCGCCAACGCCCACCCGUUCCUGCUCACGUUUCCCGACUACUUGCCCUGCUCCGUGGCUCUGCAGCCGGCUCCCCAAGACGUGGGCAAGUGCUGCGGAGUGGACUUUGAGGUGAAAGCCUACGCCAUAGACAGCUCCGAAAAUGACGAGGAAAAAAUACCCAAGAGGAGCUCCGUCCGCCUCCUCAUUCGCAAAGUCCAGCACGCACCCCCCGAAAUGGGGCCGCAGCCCAAAGUGGAGACGGCCUGGCAGUUCUUCAUGUCCGACAAGCCUCUCCACCUGACCAUCUCCCUCAGCAAAGAGAUCUAUUUCCAUGGCGAGCCGAUUCCUGUGACCCUAACGGUGACCAAUAACACAGAAAAGACUGUGAAGAAGAUUAAAGUGGCAGUGGAGCAAGUCGCCAAUGUGGUCCUGUAUUCAAGUGACUACUAUGUCAAGCCUGUCGCUAUGGAGGAGGCCCAUGAAAAAGUGCCACCAAAUGGAACCUUAACAAAGACACUAACGCUCAUCCCCUUGCUCGCUAAUAACCGAGAGAGGAGGGGCAUCGCCCUAGAUGGGAAGAUAAAGCAUGAAGACACUAACUUGGCUUCCAGCACCAUCAUUAAGGAAGGCAUAGACCGAACAGUGAUGGGAAUCCUGGUGGCUUACCAGAUCAAAGUGAAGCUCACUGUCUCAGGCUUUCUGGGAGAACUCACCUCCAGUGAAGUGGCCACCGACCUACCCUUCCGUCUCAUGCACCCUCAGCCUGCGGAUCCAAGUGAGUCCCUCCGAAAUGGCCGCGAUGCCCCUUUGGUCUUUGAGGAAUUUGCUCGUCAAAAGCUGAAUGACGCAGACGAAAAUGAAGCAGAAAAGAAGGAGAAAGAAGAGCCGGGGAACGACGAGUGAAUG